ACGUGGCGCCACCGCCGCGCCUGCCGCCUGGACACGUCCGGCUCCUCUCCACGCCGCGCUGGCCACCGUCCACCGGCUCCCGCACACGUCUCCCUGUCUCCCUCCACCCAUGCCGUGGCAAUCGAGCUCAUCUCCUCGCCUCCUCCGGCUUAUAAAUGGCGGCCACCACCUUCACCUGCUUGCACACCACAGCAAGAGCUAAGUGAGCUAGCCACUGAUCAGAAGAACACCUCGAUCUCCGAGAGUUUUUUUUCAGCUUUAGCUUAAGCAGGAUGGAGCACCAGGGGCAGCACGGCCACGUGACCAGCCGCGUCGACGAGUACGGCAACCCGGUCGGCACCGGCGCCGGACACGGCCAGAUGGGCACCGCCGGCAUGGGGACGCACGGCACCACCGGCGGCAUGGGAACGCACGGCACCACCGGCGGCAUGGGGACGCACGGCACCACCGGCACCGGCGGCGGCCAGUUCCAGCCGAUGAGGGAGGAGCACAAGACCGGCGGCGUCCUGCAACGCUCCGGCAGCUCCAGCUCAAGCUCGUCUGAGGAUGAUGGAAUGGGAGGGAGGAGGAAGAAGGGGAUCAAGGAGAAGAUCAAGGAGAAGCUCCCCGGCGGCAACAAGGGCGAGCAGCAGCAUGCCAUGGGCGGCACCGGCGGCGCCUACGGGCAGCAGGGCCACGGCACCGGGAUGACCACCGGCACCACCGGCGCACACGGCACCACCACCACCGACACCGGCGAGAAGAAGGGCAUCAUGGACAAGAUCAAGGAGAAGCUGCCCGGCCAGCACUGAGCUCGACACACCACCACACCAUGUGUCUGCGCCGCCGGCGACGGCCGCCACGUCACCUUCCUGAAUAAUAAGAUGAGCUAGCCGAGCGCAAUAAAAGGAAAAAAAAAAUGUUACUGUCGUGUGAUGAGUGUGAAUGUGUGAUGGCGUUCUCCAGUACGGACCGUGUCUGCGUGUUGUUUGUACUGUGAAAGUACGCUGUGUAUGUACGUCGUAUGUGUACAAUUCCGCUUUGUUGAAAUACGUAUAAAUAUAUACUGUGUGUACAUUAUACGGUGUAUAUCUCAUCGUGCAUAUGUACACAACGUUUUGGUGAUC